AAAUGGCCAUUGACCCCGGAGAAGGCGACGGAAGUGGAGAGGGGCCAAGCAUGUGUGCAUCUGUCUCUCAUAAUAUUAGCGCUCUCGCUGAUCAAACUAAGUAGGGAGACACAACCAGCAUCUACACGAAUAUUUGCCAUGCCACAUGGGAAGGCUCUUAACCCCACCCUGCUCUUACUCCUCAUCCUCCUCGUCUUCGCCACAGCCCGCGGUCGCUCCUACCCUCGUUUCUCCCGCAAUGACACUGAAUUCCAGCACCUGGUGCUCCACCCAGACCUCUUCGUGGGGACGGUGUACGUGGGGGCCAGGGACCACCUCUUCCAGCUGGACGGAUCGGACGGACUCCGGCUGGAGCUGGAGGAGACGACCGGUCCCGUGAGCGACAGCAAGGACUGCCUCCCCCCAGUGACUGAGUCCAACUGUCCCCAAGCCAGGAGAACCAGCAACCACAACAAACUACUUCUGGUGGAUCCGAAGGCGCUGGAGUUGAUCACCUGCGGCAGCAUCCACCAGGGCACCUGCCAGAAACGCAGCCUGGCGUCGAUCAAGAAGGUCCGCUUCUCCACCGAGAGGCCCGUGGACACGCAGUACGUUGCCGCCAAUGACCCGUUGGUGUCAACCGUGGGGCUGGUGGUGGGGCUUCGCGGCGGUGAGAGGACAGUGAUGUACGUGGGUAGGGGCUACACCGCCAGCCACCCGCCGAUCUCCACCCGCCACCUCUCAUCAGAGCCCGUCUUCUCCUACGAGGAGACGGCCAAGCUAGCGGUGGCCGGGCGCCUGUCGGAAUACGACCACCACUUCGUGAUGGCGUUCACACGGCGCACGUACGUGUACUUCUUGUUUUACCGCCGCGACAUCAAGUCUGCAUCGAGGGAGUACCGGACCUAUGCCGCCAGAGUGUGCCUGGACGACACCUCCUACUAUUCCUACGUGGAAGUUCCUCUGGUCUGCCGUUCCACUUCCUCUCCCUCCAGGAAUUACAACCUGCUCCAGGCUGCCCAGGUGGGACAAGGCGUCGGCCGGGAAGGCGAGGAUCUGCUGGGAGUCUUUUCCACCCGCGGCGGCUCCACAAACAACGCUGCCUUGGACGCCUCGGCUCUGUGCUUGUACCCGCUGGAUGAGCUCGACGGACACAUCGACUCUACCCGCGACCUCUGUUACACCCAGGACGGCCGGGUGGAGGGAAGAGGAGAGGUGGCCUACAUAGAGUACGAGGUCAAGUCCAGCUGCGCCAACCUGCCUAUGAAUACCCUCAAGGCGUACCCCUGCGGCUCCGACCACACCCCCAGUCCCAUGGCGAGCCGGGUGCCGCUGGAGACCAGGGCCGCCUGGCACACCUCGGCCGCCCGUCUCACUGCGGUGGCCGUCAGUGUCAGAGAUGGACACAGCAUCGCCUUCCUCGGAGACUCCAAAGGGACUCUGCACAAGGUAUAUCUGGGCCAAGACGGCCAGGUGGAGGUAUACGCGAACACGACGAUCCAGCUCAACUCGCCCAUAAACGGUGACCUUUUAUUGGACCAGACUGGAGCACACAUCUACGUCAUGACCAAAACUACUGUCGAAAAGCUUCCGGUGGCAGAAUGCGGAGACCACCUGGACUGUCAAUCCUGUCUGUCUGCCAAAGACCCCUACUGUGGCUGGUGCGUCCUGGAGGGACGGUGUGGCCAGCUUUGGGAGUGCCAGCGAGGGUCCGUGCGGGGCCAGUGGCUGUGGAGCUUCAACCAGACGCAGCAGUGCCUCGGUAUCCAGCGCCUUAGCCUCUACAACAUCAGCCGCGGGGAGAAAACCGAUAUUACGGUGUCGGUAGAGGGCCUCCCAAGUCUAGGAAAAGGAGAGGCCUACUCUUGCUUUUUCCAGGACACGGAAGCUCCUGCUUCACUCACUGACACCGGUGUGAUAUGCUCGACCCCUGAAGCCGGCAGCCUGCCUCCCAUUACUCACGGAGAUGAGUUCGUGAUGGUGGCCCUGUCGCUGCGUUUCACUAACGUGACUGUAGCGGAGACCGAAUUCACGUUCUACAACUGCAGCUUGGUGCAGCAGCUCUCUGGACGCAGGCCAUGCCAAGGGUGUGUCAGCAGUCGCUGGGGCUGUAAGUGGUGUAUCCACCAGCACGUCUGCACGCACCAACACACCUGCAGCCGUGGGGUCACCAUCUACAACCACAAUUUCAAACCGCCAACACCCACCAUCCCACCACCCACCAGAAAUCUGACCCCUUUACCUCCUACUGUCCGUGCUGCUGCAACAACAACACAGCCAUCACUCACAGAGACUCCUACCCCCACCACAGCAGCUGUCCCUUUAACCUCCACCGCAGUGACACCACCCACCACCCCUACCGCCAAGCCCACCUCCCCCCUCACCCUGGCCGCAACCUCCCCCUUUGUCGGGAUCUUCAGCCAGGCCACUACGACGCACACCGAUGCCCCCACCACAAGCAAGGGAACGACAGAGGGAAAUGGCGGCAUUGCAAGUUUCUCAGAGGACGAGGAGACCGAAAGCUGGAAUAUCACUGACAAAACCCCCCACACUACGUUACCCAGCAGCACUAGCGAAAAGGUAGACCGUGAUGUGGGGUUUUUAGAGCCGUCUGGCGAAGCGUUAGGCUCUUCCUCCGACGUAAGCCCGACCACCUCCAGAGAAGUGUCCCGUUUAAUAGACCUCUCUAUCAGCGACGCUAAGGACGCCAUUCCUCCGGUCAGCUAUGAAGAGAAUGACUCCCCUCUGUGGUUGAGUGAGUGGGAGGAGCCCGCCGUGGACUCCGCAACAGGUCCAUCAGUUGCUGGCGCCAGCGAAAAGCCGCCCAUCUUCACACAACCACCUGAAACAGUUUUCGACCCCAUCUCUGAGUAUGCAGCAGACUAUCAAUUAGAUUCAUCGACCAACUCUUAUUUUCCGGAGUGUCCGUGUGUGGAGAAAGUUCAGGAUUCCUCUCUUCUCCCUGUCAACGUGGAGAGGAAGGUCACUCUGGUGGGACAACACCUGAACCUGUUUCAGGACAAGAACCUGGACUACGAGUGUGUGCUGGACGUUGAGAAUCAGUCAGUGGUGGUGGACGCCUCCGUGGAGCCGGACGCCACUCAACCAUCAGCCUUCUUUAUCACCUGCCAACCCCACCAGUACGCCUACUCUUCCUCGAUGGAGGAAUACCCGGCCACCAUCAACGUGAGGAGGAAGAACUACUUCCUCAUCGACAGCGCCGAGGAUCUGUACGUGACUCUGUUCAAUUGUUCAGUGGGGCGGUCGGAUUGCAGCCGGUGUCGCACCGCCGACCACAAGUACGGCUGCGUCUGGUGCGGCGGGGCUGCCGGCUCUCGCUGUGUGUACCGGGACUCUUGCGCUGAGGAGGUCAAACAUACCUGCCCCGCGCCCGUCAUUCACUUCCUGGACCCGGUAUCCGGUCCCGUGGAGGGAGGGACGGUCGUGACUAUUUCAGGCUCCAACCUCGGCCAGAGAAGUGAAGACAUACAGAACUCAGUCACGGUGGCCGGGGUCCCCUGCAGCGUCAUCCAUAGCAGAUACGAAGUCUCCUCGAGGAUAGUGUGUGAGACCACGGGCAGCGGAGGAGAGAGGAGCGGCCACGCCUCGGUCAAAGUGAGGGGGGGAGGAGUCGGACUGUCCGCUCAGAUCUUCAGCUUCCAGGAUCCCGUUCUGAGCGACAUCUUCCCACAGAGAGGGCCCAAGGCGGGGGGCUCCUCUCUCACCAUCAGAGGCCGGAGACUGAGGACCGGACACCCGAGCGAGGUCGGUGUCCUGAUCGGAGGAGUGCCGUGCGUGGUGCUCAACAUCCAGGAGGGUCAGAUCAGCUGUCUGACCAGAGGCAGCAACAGAACAGGAGAGCAUGGCAUCACCGUGCGGUUUGGUGGCACAGAGCGCCACCUACCGGGUCUGGUGUAUCAUUACACCCCCAACCCCAACAUCUCAAUGGCUGCUCCCUCCAAAAGCUUCCUCAGCGGAGGCCGAAUCAUCAGGGUCUCUGGUCAGAACCUGGAUGUGGUGCAGGAGCCGAAAAUGAGGGUGACCCUCAGUCCCCCUGAUACUCUUCCUCCCAGGAGGAGGAGGAGUGCCAGAGGGAGGAGCGAAGUGAGCCCGACCGGAGGACGUGAUCAUCAGGGUCCACUGAAGAGAUGGAGGAGGAUCGUCCCGGAGGCGGACUGCCCCGAGGGUGCGCUGUGUCACGUCAAACAGUACGAGACUCGCUGCACAGUCAAUGGCUCCACCCUCAUCCUGUGUCCGACUCCGGCGGUGGGUCCAGAGGCCAGGAGGGCCCGGGUCAAAGUUCACUUCCUGUUGGACAGCCUCCAUUUUGACUUCGGCACCGUGGGGAACGGGGCCUUCAGCUAUGAGCCCAACCCACAGCUCUACCUGCUGAACCAGAACGAUCCCAGCAAACCGUACCACCACAAACCCGGCAGCAUCAUCUCCGUCGAGGGAGAGAACCUGGAUCUAGCGAUCUACAAGCACGAGGUGGAGGCUCGGAUCGGGGCGGGGGUGUGCUCCGUGAAGACCCUGACACACAACCACUUGUACUGUGAGCCGCCAGCUCAGCAGCCCUCGGUCACCGCUGGCAAGAAACCAGAUGGCAUGGACAGUCUGCCUGAGUUCACGGUGAACAUGGGGAAUCUGAACUUCUCUCUGGGCAGAGUGCAGUACGACAGCCAGGCCCAGUCGACGUUUCCUCUGGAGGCUCAGGUGGGAGUCGGGGUGGGGGCCUCCAUAGUGGCUCUCAUUGUGCUCAUCAUAGUCCUCAUAUACAGGAGGAAGAGCAAACAGGCCAUGAGGGACUACAAGAAGGUGCAGAUCCAGCUGGAGAACCUGGAGACCAGUGUGAGAGACCGCUGUAAGAAGGAGUUCACAGACUUGAUGACGGAGAUGAUGGACGUGUCCAGUGAUUUGGUGGGUUCAGGGAUCCCCAUCCUGGAUUACCGGGUGUACGCUGAGCGCAUUUUCUUCCCCGGCCACCAGGAGUCGCCACUGAGACGGGAUCUGGACGUCCCUGAGAGUCGCAGGCAGACUGUGGAGCAAGGGCUGGUUCAGCUGUCCAAUCUGCUCAACAGCAAACUCUUUCUCACCAAGUUUAUCCACACUCUGGAGGUCCAGCGGACGUUCUCCCCGAGGGACCGGGCCUAUGUGGCCUCCCUGCUGACCGUAGCCCUGCACGGUAAACUGGAGUACUUCACGGACAUCCUGAAGACACUGCUCAACGAUCUAGUGGAACAGUAUGUGGCCAAGAACCCCAAGCUGAUGCUCAGGAGAACGGAAUCAGUGGUUGAGAAGCUUUUGACGAACUGGAUGUCCAUCUGUCUGUUUACCUUUCUGAGGGAAUCCGCAGGGGAGUCGUUCUACAUGCUGUUCAGAGCAAUAAAGCACCAGGUGGACAAGGGACCUGUGGACGCGGUGACGGGAAAAGCCAAGUACACGCUGAACGACAACAGGCUGCUGCGAGAGGACGUGGAGUACCGCACGCUGACCCUAAAUGUAGCGAUGCCGGCGUCAGCCACCAGCGGAGGCGCCACCACGCAGACGGUGCCGGCCAAAGUCCUGGACUGUGACACCAUCACCCAAGUGAAGGAGAAACUCCUGGAGCAGACCUGGAAGGGAACUUCCUUCUCCCAGAGGCCACACGUUGACUCGUUACACCUCGAGUGGCGUGCAGGUGUCGCGGGUCACCUGAUCUUAUCAGAUGAGGAUCUGACAUCGGUAGUGCAAGGCUUGUGGAAGCGCCUCAAUACACUGCAGCACUACAAGGUCCCCGACGGAGCGACGGUGGCCCUCGUCCCCAGGAACACCAAGAACCACGUCCACGACAGCCACGAUUACAUGCCUGGAGAAAAGACCCCCAUGCUGGACGACGGGGAGGAGGGAGGAGUGAGGCUCUGGCAUCUGGUGAAAGCCAGCGAGGAGUCGGAGCUGCCUAAGCACAGAAGGGGCAGCGUGAGGGAGCGGGGCGGCGAGAGGGCCAAGGCCAUCCCCGAGAUCUACCUCACACGCCUGCUCUCCAUGAAGGGCACGCUGCAGAAGUUCGUGGACGAUUUGUUCACGGCGAUCCUCAGCACCAGUCGCCCCGUGCCUCUGGCGGUCAAAUACUUCUUCGACCUGCUGGACGAGCAGGCUCUGCAGCACAACAUCGCGGACCCCGAGACCAUCCACAUCUGGAAAACCAACAGCUUGCCGCUGCGGUUCUGGAUCAACAUCCUUAAGAACCCUCAGUUCAUCUUCGACGUGCAGACCUCAGACCACGUGGACGCCGUGCUGUCCGUCAUCGCCCAGACCUUCAUGGACUCCUGCACCAUCGCCGACCACAAACUGGGACAGGACUCCCCCAUCAACAAGUUGCUGUACGCCAGAGACAUCCCGCGCUACAAGCAGAUGGUGGAGAGGUACUACGCAGACAUCCGUCAGACCAUCUCCGCCAGUGACCAGGAGAUGAACUCGGCUCUAGCCGAACUCUCUCGUAAUUACGCCGCCGAGGUCAACUGUCUCGUGGCUUUACACGAGCUGUACAAGUACAUCAACAAAUACUACGAUCAAAUCAUCACAGCCCUGGAGGAGGACGCCACUGCCCAGAAGAUGCAGCUCGGUUACAGACUCCAACAGGUCGCUGCCGCCGUAGAAAACAAAGUCACCGACCUAUGACCCAAAGGACGGGGUACAAUUCAUCCUUUAACCUUGAAGUGAUGGACGAUGAUGGGGACGAAGAUUCUGUCUCCCGGAGAAAAGUCCUCCCUCGUUUUUUCCAAGAUGGAGGACAACGGAUCAUUGUGGCACAUGCUGUGAUUUUGCUGUCAUUUUGACGGACUGAUUUUUAGCGAAGGGACAAAUGAUCUCAACAGGAUCACUGAUACUGGGCCAUGUUUCCUGUCCCGUGUCCAGGAGGUACAGUAAGACCCCCUUGGAACUUCCACAGGUCCUAACACUGGGAGGAAAGUGACACAGCUGGGGGGGAGGACCUGUGAAAUGAAGCACAUUAAAACAAAGGGAUUUCAUGACACCUCUCGUAAGGAUUUCCCAUGUUGCAUUCAGACUAAAGGGAGACACAAUAUGAGAAGCGAUCCUUCUGUUUUUUCUUCCGACUCUACGCGUCUCGGUGGACUUUUUUCUGACCAACUGCACUGAACAGUCCUGCAAGCUUCCAGCUCCACGUGUUAGUCCUCUGCUGUAGGCGUGCUAGUUGAAGAAACCGUUGGACGAGGAGGGAAAAGGGAAGAAUUAGGACUUAAAUGUCGACAGCUGUGUAGUUUUCCUCCGAUGUGUCAAAGUCUUACAUGAAGGACGAAGCGAUAAUGGCAGAGCACCCUGGAGGCCUGUCCUAUUGGAAAACAUGUUUUCAUUCUGCUUUUAUCUUCCUUAAAUCAUUCUACGAGUCUUACUCUUUGACCUUUUAUUAGCUGUUGUUGGGCAGCUUGUUGUCCUGUAUAAACCGUUUCCCUUUUUUAAAGCUUCACAUCGCCACUUGUGCUUUUACCGCAAUGUCUACAUGCUGCCUGUAGUUUGAACUGAACACCGGCAUUUUGUGAAAGCGUUGAUUUCAUUUGGUUGAGGAUGUGGUACACAAAUACUAUGAUGACCUACUGCUAUUGUGAAUGUUCCUUUUCUUAGGCACAGAUGUUUAUCCAGUUUGCAGAUGAUGUAUUACCCCGGACAAUUUGGCGGAGGAACUUACAGCUAACUCGUUAAACUGAUCCGUCCUUAGAAACCCACAAAGUGAAAUGAAUUACAUGCAGACAAAACCCUUCACAGCUGUACCGUAGACUGUACUAAUUCAAUGAAAACAGAUCUUAUAUUGUAUGAAAGAUCAAGCCGGACUUUUUGGAUAAGAAAUGCACAAAUAGAUGAAUACUGUCUAAAGGAAUUGAGGAAUUAGUAGGUUUUACUGCCUCUUCAGUAUUUAUUUCCCUUCCUCAUUUAUUAUUUGUGUAAUUUAUUUCCCUUCAACAUGAUGCGUUUGUGUGGUUGACAGUAUUUGAGGUGACUGUAAAAUACAUGUUGCAGAAUUACAUCGCUACAUAUUUAUACAGUUACCUUGCAUAUAGGUGCAUUUCACAAAUGUGUUUAAAUAGCUUUGUCCAAUUCAUUUUUAAUUCUUUUUUUUAAAUUUAUUUAAGUCUGAUUUGAUCUUCCAUAUUAAUAAGAUGUCGCUACUGCCUAUACUUUAUGUUCUGCUUUUGGAUUUCCACACAGCCAGUUCCCAAAAGCUUGGUUAUGUCUUCCCCCACUUAAUUACACAUUUGGCUAUUGAAAUGUAGUCUAUAACUAUUACUAGUACCUUUUUAAUAUUAUGGGCUUCUAUUGAUACUGAACAAUAUCAAGGAAACAGCUCCCUCCAUUGGAUGGUUGUUACCCACCAACUCUGCCUCUGAUUGGCUUUCCCUGAUGUCCUUACCCUAAACUGACCUAAUCUAACUACUCAUGCCUAAACCUAACCCAGCCAACCAACAAAGGCAACGAUUACUAAGAGGAGAGUGGUGCGUCGUGCCUUCACCAAUAGGAAACAAAAUAUUUGGAAAGUGCGAUGACAUCAUUCUGCAAUAAUAAUUAGCAAUGUGCUUCUUUUUGCAACAAUGGGCCUUCGGAAUAAUGUGCAUUUGGUUUCAGGAGAACGGGCUUCCCUCCUCAGUGGGACAUUUUUUGGACUGUCUAGUUUUCAGAAUAAUGGACUUUUGGAACAAUCGUGUGCCAGAUUUUGAACCGCGUUCAGCAAAGCUGCACUUAUUCUUCCAUCUUUUAGAAAGUCCUCCCUUCCUCUCAAGACUUAAAUCAGACAAUAUGUUUAAUAAACAAAGGUGCCACAUGUGAAAGUCUUUUACUAGUUUUUUCAAAUUUAAUUUAUUUUGUAUUUAUUAUCUAUUGCAUAUGUUGUUGGUUAUUAUUUUCCGAUACAUGUAAUAAUACUGCUUAUGCCCCUCUGAAUCUGAGAAGAUGUGUAUUUUUUAAAGAGAAAGCAAGGGACCUUUUUUUACCUCAUGGUGUUUUCUUUUUGUCCGUUGUCCUACUCUCAAGUCUAAAUCAAAUUCACAUCAGCUUUCCUGAAAUUCUGAAAGUUUCAAUCUCUCCUUUUAUAUUUUGCAUCCAUUUUAGAAGCAAAAGAGAAAUAUGAUUUUUAACUUUGCAUUCAAACACCAUUCUUUGCACAUUAGUGUUGCUUGUGUCUUACUUGUGUAUGCAAAGCUCAGAUGUGUGUACCAUUUUCCUGUAGAUGCAUUCUGCUGUUAACUACUCCUGACUUAAGUGUUCUCUGACUAAUUGAUAGGAUGAACCUAACGCCGACUUAAUGUGACGCAAUAAAGUGGUCCCGAUGUUAA